AUGGCACCAGGUGCAUGUGGUGUGCUGGAGGAGAUUUCGGCCGAUGACUUGUCCGAGUCCAUGCAAACUAUUGCGUCGACCAUGGGGCCCUGGAAGUCAGGCAGUUUUCGCUUUGUGAAGAAGCUAGAAGAGGCUGCCCGCAACCAUGGCCGCGUGGAUAUGAUGGAAAGUGAAGGGAAGAAUCAGCACUCGGUGGCUGUGAAGAGGAUGCCAAACAGUUGGAUUCGAUCUGGGCCUGAGGAGUUCGCAGACAUGCACCCUCACGAGUGUGAAAACCCGUGGCGCAACAUCGGCGUGCUGGCGGAACUCAAGAAGAAGGGCUACUCUGCCACUUGCGAAUUGCUUGGUGUUUUCUGCGAUGAAGAUCACACUUAUGCAGUCACGACACUGGCAACUGGAGGCGAUAUGUUUUCCUGGUGCGAGAAUCGCCCGCAUCCGACGCCAGAUCGGGAGGCUGAGAUGCUGCCCUUGGUAGCCCAGACAUUUUCUGCAGUGGAGUGGCUCCAUGCGUUGGGAAUAGCACAUCGUGACCUAUCACUGGAGAAUCUUUUGUUGACAGGGCCGAACUCGACGGCGCCGCAAACGGUGAAGCUCAUCGAUUUCGGCAUGGCUCACAUCGGGCGGGUAUGCCCGCCUGUGGCCUCGUUAAGCCCAGGCAAGCCCUCCUACCAGGCGCCGGAGCUCCAUCUGCGUCGUGAGUACGACGGCUUCCAAGCAGACUCAUUCGCAUUGGGUGUUGUGGUCUAUGCCAUGGCAGUCGGCAACUAUCCAUGGACAUCGACAAAACCUGGGCGAUCGCGGAUUUUCGAUUGGGUCAGCUGUCAUGGCAUUCGCCGAUAUUUCCAGCGAAGCGACAUUACGAAGUUCUUUUCCUCGGCCCUGAUCGAGCUGAUGGCCGAGCUCCUCCUCCUGUUGCCUUCGCAAAGGAUCGGCCUCGUGAAGACAAGGUCUACAUCCUCGCAGGAGUCGCAACGCACAGUUUGGGAUUGCAAAUGGCUUUCUGCACCUGCGACUCAAGGCAAGUGGCGAGCAGUGUCCAGCACAUCUGUCAGCACCAUGGCGACCGAGACUGAGUCGGAUGCCGAGGAGGCAGUCACAGGCUGCCCCGCCUCCGGUGAGGUUUUGUGUGUGAUAUGA